AUGCUUUUCAGAGUGAUCCAACUCCUCCUGAGCGCGCAAGGCGCGACAUGGCUGCACAACCGCCUAUUGCGGAGUCCAACCUUUCAUAAAAUGGUUGGACAUAUCCAUCAACGCGUGCAGUAUCAUCGCCAUGGAAUUCCAAUGGAAGAAAGCCGAACCUCCCUUCCAGGCCACGGAGAUCGGUUCCAGAGGUUCUUCAGUCAUUUCAAGGAUGAGUUCAAGAACCAGCUUAAGGGGAAGCCGACGGAGAAAUUCUGA